GCCUUCCAGAGUCAGGAAAAAGACUUCGGAGAGCCGCAGCCAGGAGAUGGGUAUGGCAUUUCUAUUUUCCCCCAGCCCAUUGAUUUGUAUAUGAAAACAUAGCGCUUUUAUUCUCCCCCCUUCUGGGCUCUGCUUCUGAGUGAUCAGCUGAUGAAGAGACUAGCAGCUCGCCGCUAUGCUGGCUUGCUAAUUCUCUCCCCCACAGCUGCAGCCGAUCCUGAUAGCCAGCCUGCAGACUGCGCUCAGCCUGAGGCAGGAGCAAACGGUUCCCUGGAGGAGAUGGAAGAGGACAUCAGUCUGAAGAAGCGUAAAAGUGAUCAACCUGGCGAGAAAGAACUGCAGGCCGGGCAGGAGACUGGCGAAAAGGUCAAAAGGAAGCGAGGACGCCCGCCUGCUGAGAAACUCCCACCAAACCCACCAGAACUCACCAGAACACUGAGCACACUGGUAGAUAUGGUUAUCAACUACAAAGACGGGCUGGGUCGACAGAUCAGCAAAGGCUUUGUGCAGCUUCCCUCUAAGAAAGAGGUACCUGAGUACUACGAGCUGAUCCGCAAGCCUGUCGACUUCAGAAGGAUCAGGGAGCGUGUGCGUAAUCACAAGUACAGAAGUGUGGGGGAUUUGGAGAAGGAUAUUUUCCUCCUGUGUCACAAUGCUCAGACCUAUAACCUGGAGGGCUCUCAGAUCUAUGAGGAUUCGAUUGUCAUUAAGUCUGUUUUCGAGAGUGCGAGACAGCGAAUUGUCACAGACGAGGAACAGAAAGAGACGGUUAGCGCCAGCCACAGCGAUAAUGGCGGCGGGGCUGAAGACCAAUUUGUUCCAUCAGCAGUGAAACCAUUACCAGUCCAGCUAAAGAAAGGGACAAAGGAGGAGAGAAGCAGAAACACUAUGGCCAAGAGGCUCCACAGUGAUUUAGACAGUGACGAGGAUCUAGAGGAUAACACCACAAAAGAUGAAGGUUGAACUGAAGGUCCCUCUGUUUUGUUUUGUUUUUCUAUUCUGGUUCAUGUCUAUUCUCUACCACAUCCCUUUUCAUUGGUUCCUCCAUUUUCUAAGCAAAAGAAAGGAAAAUAAAGCGGGACGGACAACUCAAAGAGAGCCACUUAUGGAACAUAAGAUGACUCAUGCCACUUAAACACGUCUUACUGCACAUAGUGCCGUUCUUUUCAUUUACUGUAGCUGGUCUUUUAUUAUAACUCCCCUCUUUUAUCUGCCUUAGUCUCUGUGAUUGCUUCUGCAAAUAUUAAGUAAAACUCCAGUUUCACUGACUGUUUUUAAUCAAUAUAUUUGAUUGUAUGAGAUGCCUUCAUAUGUCUUGGAGCAUGAUAUGUAUAUGUCUCCUGAAGAAGCUGGGUCCUCCAGAGUAGCACCCGCUGAUGACAAUGUUGACGUGUUCAGGGUUCGAGGAUCGAAGCACACGGGAAGGUGUUCUUAAAGAACAAACGAACACUGUUAAAUCUCUGAAUUUUAAGAGAUGAUACAUCUUUGAUUUUAAUAAAAACAAACAAAAAAACAGUGGAAGUAUAAAGUCAACUUGACUAAUCCUGGUACUGAUGUUAAUACUUCUUUCUGCUUCUGAUACUUGAUGGAAUAAGU